GGCGUGGCCAGCGUCGUAUUCGACAUCAGCUGGCGUUGACUGGCUUAUCGCAGCACUUACGGCCAAUAUAAUCAAUUAGGGCUAGGUGCUUUUAUCAGUCGCCAAUCACACCCUGUAGCUGCAGCACAAAGAAGCAUUUCCCGGCUCCAUCACGCAUUCCCUAGAUAUCUGCCUUUAAGAUUCUUCUCCUUCCUCCACCUCUGCUAAUUCAUCUUGCUCGUGUGCACCAUGAAAAGUGAAGAUGCAGUGUGGUAUUUCUGCAGAUACUCACUUCGGUCCAAGAGUGUCGCCAUGUCGUCGCGACUUCGACUUUACAUUAAUUUUCGAGCAGAGCAUCCUCGCUUUAGGCCCUGAUUUGUCAUUCCUCAUUCUAUGCUUUUGUCGGUGGUACUUUAUUCGUGGAGAGCGAAAAGAGACACCCCGCAGGCCGGUUAGCACUUAUAAGAUGGUGUUAUAUAUGCUACUGCUGGCGCUGAAGUUUGCUGUCCUCAUUUUUUGGUGUUUACCGCAGUUUCUGGGAACAAAAAUCUCAAUUGCGUCCGCUACAGUCGGCAUGAUUAGCACUCUGGCGUUGUUACUGCUUUCGCACCAUACCCAAGCACGUUCCCUAAAACCUUCGAUUUUAAUUUGCCUGUAUCUUUUGGGGAGCAUCAUAUUUGAGAUUGCGCAAGUACGGACUUUGUGGCUGUUUCAUCCUCGAAGCUACUCCCUCGCGGCGACAUCCACAGCUGCUCUCGUGGUCCGGUCCGUAUUGCUCGUGUUGGAAGCGGGCGCGAACAGAAAACUCCUUAGCCCUCAAAACGACCGCAUUUCUCCAGAAAUUUUCACCGGGAUCUUUAGUCAGGGUACCUACUGGUGGCUCAAUGCGCUGUUCAUGAGUGGCUUCCGAGGCGACUUAUCCCUCAAGGAUCUCUAUCCCUUGAAUGAGGAACUCUUGACUAGGUCUCUCAUUUCCAGGGGCAAUCAGCGAUGGAAAGAACAAUCCUCCCGACGGCUAGCACUUUUCCGUAACAUCAUUUCCGAUUUGAGAUGGACGGUAGCACAGGCAGUUGCCCCUCGCCUCUUUUUGAUCGGGUUCAAGUUCGGCCAGCCCUUUCUCAUUAACGACCUCAUCAAUUACGUGUCUGACAACGGCUCUAAUGAGCUAUCUGGGGUCAAGUAUGGUUUCAUCGGUGCGACGGUUUUAAUUUAUAUAGGGAUAGCAGUAAGCACUGCUCUAUUCAGACGUCAAGCUAUCCGCAUGGUCAUUAUGACUCGUGGAUCGUUAGUUGCGAUGAUAUAUGCGAGGACCCUUCGCCAAGCUUCAGGCCGAUGUCCAGAGACAGGUUCGACCACCCUAAUGAGCACCGAUGUUGAUCGGAUUGUCACCGGGCUGUUGAACCUCCACGAGCUCUGGGCAUCGCCUGUAGAGAUUGUGAUUGCACUUGUGCUUCUAAGUAGAUCCGUUGGAUACCCUUCGGUCGCCGCUCUGGCUGUUGCUUUGGUGAGCGUAGUAGGGUGCUCUUAUCUCGCGCCUCGAAUGCGGCAAUGGCAAAAGAUUUGGGUACAAGCUGUUCAGGAGAGAGUCAGUUUCACUUCAGUGAUACUCAAAGAACUGCGCCAGAUCAAAAUGUUCGGUGCUGAGUCCGAUAUCGGCCUCAAGAUACACAGACUUCGCGAAUCGGAACUACGUCAAUCUAAGCCCUAUCGUUCAAUGAUUGUCGGUAUCAAUGUUUUGGGCGCGCUGUCGACUGCCAUCGCUCCUGCUGUGACGAUAGCCGUGUAUGCGGCUACACAGCUGAAGCUUCGGCUAGAGACACCCAGCACUGAUGUUGUGUUCACGUCCUUGUCCUUGAUUUCACUUAUGACAAACCCGGUGGUGCUCUUAUCUGUAUCAUGGACAAGAUUCACAUCCGCUAUUGGCUGUUUUGAUCGGAUUCAAGAAUUUCUUUGCAAGGAAAGCCAAGCGAACGAGUACCUAGCAGGGGCUGAAUGGGUAGCGCCUGGGAACAUUUCAGGAACGAAGCUUAACUUACAAUCGGUUCAGUCCCAACCCCUUAUUUGCAUGACUGACUGCAGCUUCAGCUGGGACCUUGACAACCCAGCAAUUCUCAAUGGAAUCACACUGAAGAUACAGCAUGCUUCAUACACAGCUGUGACUGGGCCUAUUGGCUCUGGCAAGUCAUCCUUACUCGAAGCAAUGCUCGGUGAAAUGCAUAUAAGAGAAGGGAGUCGGUCCAUCAGUUUGGUCAAGAUGGCGUAUUGCAAGCAGGAUCCGUGGAUAUUCAAUGGCACACUGAAAGCGAACAUUGUUGGAGAAUCACAUGCUGAUGAAAAAUGGCUCGAAGAGGUGUUGCAUGCCUGUAGUCUGGAUAUUGAAGCCACAACACUUCCCCUCGGUCUUGAAACAGUAGCUGGGAGCUCGGGAGCUCAGCUGAGUGGAGGGCAGAAGCAGCGAGUGGCUUUGGCCAGAGCAAUCUACGCGAGGCUAUCUUUACUGGUUCUGGAUGACAUUUUUGGCCCCUUGGAUGGAGUGACAUCAAGGAUAGUUUUCCAGCAAGUACUCGGUCGUGCUGGCCUUGCUAGAAGGCUCGGCAUGGCUACCAUUCUUGUGACAACAGCAGUGCAACAUUUGAAAGAAGCCGACUGUCUAAUUGUUCUUUCAAAGGACGGUCGCGUGGAAGCUGAUGGGCAUUUCGACGAAAUGGUGAUGAAAAAUGAGUACAUACAGAGUCUCUCGCGUUCAAUAAGCUCCGAAGACAAUGAUAUCGAAGAAGAAAGCGAAGAGCUUGUUUCCAGGUCCGAGGAUGUGCGGGAAGUGAGGCAAAAAGCCAGAGAGACCGCUGAAAUGGAGAUAUUGCCUCACAUUCCACGUGGUGGCGGGGACAUCUCGCUCUACAUCUACUACAUCAGAUCGUUUGGCUGGUGGGCAUUUGGGUUAACGCUAGUAUUUGCAUCUCUAUUCGUGUUCUGCAUUUCCUUUCCGCAGGUUAUGCUGAGCUGGUGGUGUGGCUCCGCCCCUCAAAAAAAUUAUAUCUAUCUCGGUUCCUACGUCGGUGUGUCGUCUAUCGCCAUAAUUGCGAUGGGCACUUUUAUUGGAUUCUUUUUUGUCUGGGCUGUUCCUAGGUCAGCUGUCCAGCUGCAUAGAAUCUUUCUAGAGACCGUCAUGAGAGCACCUUGGCCUAGCGUUGCUCGGAUAGAUACAGGCAAUCUCAUCAAUAGGUUUAGCCAGGACAUGUCACUUCUCGACAUGCAGCUUCCUGUCUCAUUUGGCAUAACUCUUCAGAACGUUUUGACUUGUAUCGCGCAAGGUGCCUUGGUAGCUACUGCAUCAGGCUACAUGGCUGUCGUAAUCCCCUUUUGCAUAGUGGCAGUAUGGACAAUCCAAGCUUUCUACUUGCGCACUUCCCGGCAGAUCAGACUCCUUGAUCUGGAAGCAAAGGCUCCCUUGUACGCCCAAUUCUUGGGAACCACAGAGGGUCUAACAACUAUCCGUGCACUUCAUUGGCAGGAACGAUUCGCAGAUCAAAACGCCGAGCUCCUUGACAUGUCCCAAAAACCAUUGUACAUCAUGUACUCCAUUCAGCAGUGGUUACGGGUUGUUUUUGAUCUCCUUGUUGCAGGGCUUGCGACCGUUCUAGUGACAUUGGCUGUUUUUGUGACUAAGAAAACUGGCUCUGGGGCCCUUGGCGUUGCUCUUUUGAACCUACUUUCAUUUAACUCCACAUUGACAUUAUUGGUUACGAACUGGACACAGCUGGAGACUUCUCUAGGGGCAAUUGCGAGAGUCAAACAAUUUGUAACAGACCCGCAGCUACAACUGGCUAGGAGUGAGAUGGCUUGUCCAGAGGAUUGGCCGUGGGAAGGUCGAGUGGAAUUUCGAAGGGUUUCUGCGUCAUAUGGGGGGCAUGCUUCCACCCCGGUAUUGCGAAGUGUCUCAUUUAGCCUAGAGGGCGGCCAGGAACUAGGCAUUUGUGGGCGAACCGGAAGGUAAAGUAAGCAAAGCCCCUAUAAAAGAGUGACAACUGGCCUCAGCCAGUGGGAAAAGUUCUUUACUCGCUUGCCUUUUCUCUCUCGUGACAAUCACGUCUGGCGAAAUCUACAUUGACGGCGUCGACAUCUCAAGUCUUCCUCAAGAGAAGCUUCACUCUGCAUUACUCCCAAUUUCCCAAAUUCCAUUGGUUAUUCCCGGCUCAAUCCGCGAAAACCUUGCCUUGGGAAUAACAUCAACGAUCGAUGAAUCGGCGAUGGCGUCUGCCUUGGAUGAAGUCGGACUUUGGCAACAAAUUCAAGAUCAUGGUGGCCUGAGCGCAAACAUCGAUGAAAUUGGUCUAUCCAAUGGCCAAAGACAGAUUCUGUGCAUUGUACGUGCUAUUCUAUCUCCUGGUAGAAUCAUCAUCAUGGAUGAGCCUACGGCCGGAUUUGAUGAACUAACCGAAAGAUUGGCCACGGGGCUGCUUCGUGAGAGGCUGAAAGGACGGACUAUAAUCUCAAUUGCCCAUCAAAUCAAUACUUUGAUGGACUCAGAUCUGGUUAUGGUCUUGGACCACGGUACAGUAUCUGAGCUAGGAGCACCGCAAGAGCUUUUGCGUAGGCGAGGCAUGUUCUGGCAGUUUUAUUCGGCAAAUACAACAUAGAAAUGUAGAAUGAGAGC